UGGAGCUGUGGGUUGGAGAGGCUGGCUAGAGAAGCUGUGCAAGGCUGCCCUAGUGAAAUACCUGAAAAUCCAUUGUAUACGAGAAAUGUACUACACUUAUCAAACGAACAAAGGAAAUUAUAUCAUAAAGAGGAGCUCGACGAUCCUCUCAAAAUGCGGUUCGACGAUUUCGCUAGCGGACGCUCUAGAUACCAAUGGGGCAACAUGGUGCUGAACUUCCAGGGCCCCGAAGGAUUGAGGUCGCUUGCAAAUAUUUAUCGUGCGGUAACACUUUCCGUCGGUUGCUCUCAGCAGACUUGCAACGACAAAGCCACCGCCGUGUGUUUCUUUAGCAAACCUCAGAUCAAGAAUGCACAACGUAUCCCCGGUCAACGUGCAACGUUACUGAAACACUCUGCCACGCUCAAUCUUUCGAAACUGUUCCUGCAGCGAUCAGUGCUCAGCAACACAGGAAUGACAGACAGCCUGAGAGAGCACUUCCUCAAAAUGCAUAAUUCCCGUAGAUCAAGUAUGGCUCUGGGACAAAUGAAAAAAUUCGAUGGUACUUUCUUCAAAAAGGCCGCCGACAUGGAGAAGAUGGAGUAUGACUGCGACCUGGAAGCUGACGCAAUGAUCUACGCUGAAACAUGUGCACUUGUGCCGUCCUAUCCUGGCACUAGGAAGGGUCAGGGAGAGAACGUAGCUGUGGUGGAGCCUCAGAGUGCGGAAAGUUUCGACAAAGCUGCUCAAUGGGCUAUGCGAUCGUGGUUCAGACCAAUUAGGGAAGGCGAUACCAUUGGAGUUAGAGAAGUCAUAUUCAAGAAGAGACACAGAAAUACCCCUGUAGCUCGAGCGACUCAGAUUGUGUGGUCAACCACGAAUAAAGUCGGAUGUGCCAUUGGAAAAUGCGGCGGCUCCUAUUUUGUCGUGUGCCGAUAUUCACCACGCGGAAACCAAGUAGAUCACGAAGUCUACAAAAUUGGAACACCGUGCUCCCAAUGUCCUUCAAAGAGAUGUGACACUGCAAUGGGACUGUGCAUCAUGCCGUAA